AUAAACUGAAAAUAGGAUUAUAAUUAGGUCUGGAGGCAAUAAGAAGAGAGCAGGUAUAAUUCUCAUAUCAUCAUUUUAGCAAUCAUGGGUUCAUCAAAUAAGAAUUGGCAAAGCACGUUCAAGUCCAAUUCCUGCACCACCACCACCCACCACCUAUGGUUACAUGGCAUCAACUCCUCUAUCAUGUCAACCGGCUGCCAAAAACCGACAUAUACAUCAGUGACUGGAGCCGGAGGUGAAGAGAGAACUUUAGAGCCAAAGCCAAGAUGGAAUCCAAGACCGGAGCAAAUCCAAAUUCUAGAAGCUAUUUUCAACUCUGGAAUGGUAAAUCCUUCAAGGGAUGAGAUAAAGAAGAUUAGGGGUCAAUUACAAGAGUAUGGCCAAGUGGGAGAUGCCAAUGUUUUCUAUUGGUUUCAGAACAGAAAAUCAAGAAGCAAACAAAAGCAACGCCAACUCCAAAACACAAACACCAAGUCACAAUCCCUUUGGCCCAUCACCACCAUUUCCUCAACGCUUGUGAAAGAUCGAUUUUCUUCCUCUUCCUCUUCGUCUUCAGAUAAAACUUCUCCUAAUUCAACAGAAAGGGCCUUUUCUGUCGGUUCUACUUCUGCGUUAAAUGCUUCAACUUCCCCAACUUCUUCAGUGAAUCAGCACUUUUUUCAAGCUCCAAGCGAUUUGAUAGCUGAUCCCUUCUUUUUCCCCGUGCAACAAGGACACACUGCUGCUUUGCCACAAGGGUUUUGCUUUCCAAAUGUUUCAGAUCAGUCUAAUCAUUUACUCGGUGACUUUAUGUGGAUGAAUAAAGGGGCUUUAAAGAAAGCUGAAUAUGAGAAGAUUAAACUGCAGGAACAGCUAAGUCACGUUGUAGCCACAUCACAAACCUUUGCUCACACCAUUGUUCCUCCUUCUUUCACUUUUCCAUCCCCAAUCAAUCCCAUUCAAGGAAUAGGCAAUUCCGUUCAAGUACCCAAAAAGUCAACAGUGUUUAUUGAUGAUGCAUGCUUCGAGGUAGUGGUGGGACCCUUCAAUGUGAGAGAUACAUUCGGUGAAGGUGCAAUGCUCGUACACUCCUCUGGCCUUCCGAUAGUCACAGAUGAGUGGGGAAUGACUCUUCAUCCUCUACAAGAUGGUGGUUUUUAUUAUCUAGUGCGCUCGUUUACUUCAUCUCCAUACGAAUGACUGAGUUGAAGAGAAGAGCCGGUUAUUUUUAGUUUUCUUAUUUGAAGUGCCUCUCCUAGCCCUCUAAGGACCUUUUUUUUUACAGUUUCUAUUCUGUACUGUGAACGUGUUCCAUGGGGUACUAUGAAAUAAUUAUGUAUCAAUGGACUCAUCGUGUGUACUUGUUAUUUCAUGCUCAACUCCAUCAUUAUCUAUGCAUAAUUUCAUUUAUUUCA